AUGGUUGAUCCGAAGGCCCGUUUAGCGGCGAACCAGAAGUCUAAACGCAAACUGAAUGUCGUGACCCGCAUGGAGGAGCCGUACGUACCGUUCUUUAAGGGAAAGUUACCUCAAAUAAUCAUCUCGUCAUCGUUGGUGCUGUUGUGCAUAUCUCUGGUCAUCGCCAUCUACCUGACCGAACGGGAACUGCCCCGCACUGCGUUCGAGUUCGACAACUCGCUUACUCUAAAAAUGUUCCUGUUCCAAUUUGUUAACUACUACUCGUCCAUAUUCUACAUAGCCUUCGCUAAGGGAAGGUUUGUCACCCGUACGGGUGAUGUGUCCAAAUAUUUUGUCGAGGAAUGCCCAAUGGGCGGUUGUUUCGUGGACUUAGCCAUACAGUUGGCUAUAAUAAUGGUAGGAAAGCAGGCGUUUGGGGCCGUCAUGGAGAUCGCUACUCCCGUAUUCACCCGUUUCUACAAUAAGUGGAAAUACACCCAGAAUUUGGACGACAAGUGUGAGGGUCCUAUCAAUUUGCCGCAAUGGGAGGACGACUUCCUGCUCUCAUCAUGGAGUCCAACCUCUCUGUUCUACGAAUACCUGGAACUGGUCCUCCAGUUUGGUUUUGUCACACUAUUUGUGGCCGCCUUUCCAUUGGCGCCACUCUUUGCGCUCAUCAACAACUUCUUUGAGAUCAGAUUUGAUGCCAAAAAGAUUAUCACGAGUUUUAAACGACCCGUCGCUCAAAGGGUUAAAAGUAUAGGCAUUUGGUAUAGAAUACUGGAUGCGAUGGGAAAGUUGUCUGUAAUCACGAACGCAAUGAUUAUAGCGUUCACCACGAGUUUUGUGCCAAGAAUUUUGCAUUACAUCGAAUACGGAAGUUUGAAUAAGUACCUUGAUUCAACUCUAUUCAAGAGGCUUGUCAAUGAUUCCGAUAUUAACACUACUUUUUGUGUCUAUACGUCCAAUAGUUACGGUCAACCGCCUGUCCCUUCGAUAGAGUCAGCCGAAGAGGACCAGUACUUCUGGCACCUAAUGGUGGCCCGACUGGCGUUUGUGGUGCUCUUCGAGAAUGUGAUCGUAUUGUGUACUUCACUGAUGAGAGUCCUAAUACCGGAUGUGCCCAAAGAGCUGAGACAACAAAAGAGACAGCACUCGUACCUCACGAAUGAGUUGAUUAUGAGACAGGAGUUCACGAUAUCUAAGAAAGGAAUCAAUAAUAACUGAAUGCCGGUCCACACCUGACCCCAUGUCAGCCUUUUGUGUCAUAUUUAAUAUGAAAUGUAACUCAUAAUAAUCGUGUCAUUAAUAUACUAGUCUUAUAACAUAUUUUUGUUAUGAAAUUAAUAAUUGAAUAAAACAUAUAUUUAUUACAGUAAUAAUGAAUAUAAAAUGUGUGUCUGAUCAAAUUAUUGCAAAA